AUGGGAAAACUGCAUAUAGAUUAUUUAGAUUCCGGCCAAUUGUAUGUAUGUGGAAUCUGCAAAGCACAUUUGACUGAUCAUAAAGAGCUUAUAUCGAAGGAUUUUUGGGCAGGAACUGGGAAAGCUUAUCUUUAUAAUAAAGUUAUUAAUGUUUAUUCUGGAAUUUUGGAAGAGAGAAUGCUUACUCCCACCUUUUAAAUUGGAGCAAAAAUCUGUUCCAAUUUAAAGGGGCUAAAUUUUUGUUGAAAGAAAUUGGACCUCUUUUGGGGACUGCAAAAAUACGGCAAGGCAGGCAAAAUCGGCAAAAAAGUGGGCAAAGCAAGUAAAAAAAGACAAAUUUUUAUAAAUGCCGUUUUUACUGAUUUUGCCAUUUUUUUAAAAAUUUUUCCUGUUUUUGUAAAAUUUUGCCUUUUUUUAUUUGCUUUACCACUUUUUGCAAAUUAUGCCGUUUUUUCUAACUGCCUUACCGUAUUAUCCGUUCCCAAAAGAGGCUCAAAAAAAUUAAUGAUAAUAAAAAAUUUUUAAAAUAUAACUGAAUGCAACAUUUUUUGAAAUUUAACUUAUUUUUUAUAGAGAAUCAAUUGAUUCAGUGUGCAAACUGUCCAAAAACCAUCUAUGCAUUCACUCCAUUAAAUAUCAUCAAAGCUAUCUUAUAAAAAAUAAUAUUUCACCUAUAAAAUCGUUUUAAUUUCAAUUGGGAUUCACUUAAAAUAUUAAAAUUUUACAGAUAUUUUGCUCUGGGAGUCAGAACUGGACUUCAUAGUUGCUGCGAUAUUUUUUGCAAAAGCUGUGAAAAUAAGCUAGGAUGGAAAUAUGUUUGGGCUCUUGAACCUGAGCAGAAGUAUAAGGAAGGGAAGUUUAUUUUAGAAAAAAAUUUAAUUGAGAAAGCUGAGUGGGAUCUCUAA